CCGAUCUACUACUAUUACGUGCUACAUCUUCAGGGUACUGGAGGUGCAGAAGAAGACUCCUUAUCGCUAGUACUACCACGACCCCUAAAACUUUCCAAAGGUGGACUCGGCGAGAACAAUAUUGCUGCACUAGUUACUAGUACAAGGUUUAUUUCUUCGAACAAGGUGAAGGUACAACCAGGGCCAUCUUUAGGAGAAGUUCUUGAGAGGACCGCGAUCGUCAAGAAAUCAUCUUCAGGAGAUGCAGAGGACACGACUGAUGUUGAACAAAAUACUUUCGCCCUUGGUCCCAACUCAGAGUUCCACAUCAAUGGACAGCCGACGCAUCUCUACUCUGGUUCGUUUCACUAUUUCAGAUUGCCUGAAGUCUAUUGGGAGGACCGACUGCAGAGUAUGCGAGACAUGGGCUUGAACACGAUUCAAUUUUAUGUUUUAUGGCUUAACUAAGACGAAGAGCAUGUGCAUAUGAAAAUUGUUUACUAGGGCCUUGCAGCUUGUCGUAAUUGUGUAGGUCCUCGUCGUAGAACGAACUUCGUUCUUUUCCUCCUUUUUAGCCUUGCUUAGAAGUAGCCUGCUUAUUCGUACGGCGAGUACAACAAAUCCGAAUCGAGUAGGGUGGAUUUUUUUAAUCGACAUCAUUCUACUUGGCUGAUUCUUGUCCAACCUGAACCUUUUCAUAUAGAACUUCAACUUGUCACCCCUCUAAUCUCGCCCUGGAACUUGGCCGAACUCGAAGGUGCCAAUGGUUCGCACUUACGCUUCAUCAAACUCGCCUCCAAAAUGGGCUUCUGGCUGUUGCUGCGUCCUGGACCCUACAUUUGCGGUGAGUGGGACUUUGGAGGCUUUCCAGCGAGACUGCAGAAAUUUUCCAAGAUUCGCACAAAACAACCAGAAUAUUAAGAAAUCUACUCCCUUCACAAUUUCUACAUGCUUUUCUUCCUUAGGCUUAGCAUGGCUAUCUAAAAAUAGAAUCAUAUUUCUACUUCUGCAUGCUGAUGCUUUUCUCUCUUAGGCUUAGCAUUGUUAACUACUUACUCUAUUACUAAUGAAAGGUUGCUUCAAGAACCUGCUUCUCACUGGCAUUGCUUCUAUCAACCUAUCCUAGUACUAUAAUGAAAUGCUCCAACCUGCUGCUUUAAGAAUACUACGCUGAAGUGGAGAAAUUUUGGGGCUGGCUCUUGCCCUCGUUGAAGGACGAAUUGUGGACGGAGAAGAAAGGAGGACGAAUCGUGAUGGUUCAGAUUGAAAACGAGUAUGGAUCCUAUGGAGAUGUGGAUUCAUCAGGUGACGACCAAGAGUACAUGGAAUGGCUGUUGGAAUUGGCAAAGAAACAUCUGCUAUGAUUUGGAGUUGAUAUAGAUUUUGUGUUUCAAUUAGAUGGAUGAACGUGGUGAAAAAUACCUGCAGUCAAGCAUAUUAUUAACAUCAGAAACAGUAGAAAGUAUGAAUAGUUACAAUACAAUCGAAAAAGUCAUACUUCUGAAAUAAGAAAUUACUUAGUAUUUCAGUAAAUGAUAGCUCUGGUGCUGGAGAUGUCUACAGUUUUGAGGUGAAAAUCAUCAACGAAGACGCAAUCUCUCGAUUGAAAAUGAAUUUCAUUUUUUGGCGAUAAAAAACCAUUUUUUCGAGAAAUCGAAUUUUAAAUCUGAAUUGCAAUUUUUCAAAAUUUUAGAUUCUAUUUCUAAUCUCUGGCAACGACGUUCAGUACUAUACCACAGACAACUACAUGCAUUUGGGCAAUGGUGGCAUCCACAAGCCUGAGCUCAACGUCUACCACGUUGGCGAUUUUGGUCCAGACAUCGUCAGCCCACAGGUACAGACCUUUGCUUUUGGGCUGUGAUUAUACGUUUCUGUUGGUUUCACUUGAUAUGACUUCGAUCAUCAUCCUCUCUCUUUCACUAACAUGCAUCACCUUCAAGCUUCACCUCCCAAACGAGUACGCAGUCAUUACAACAAAAAUAGAAAUGCAUCACCUCUGUUCUCGUUGCUCGCAGAUCUCCUUCGCAAACAUGCGGCGCUACAAUAAACAAGACUACUCUCCCGAGUUCGUCAGCGAGUACUACACCGGUUGUUAAAGGGUAGAAGUUGACCUCUCUGUAAGCAUAUCUAUGACCUUUGCAAGUAGGAAAGUCAUAGAUAUGCGGCCUACUAGAUGGGGGUCGGGGGGUCAACUUGCAACCUUUAAGGUUGGAUGACGGCUUGGCAUGACCAGAAUUUCGCUACCACGAAAUCCAGCGAUGUUAUCAACACUAUGAAAGGCCUCCCGAAUUUCAACUUGUACAUGGCCUUUGGCGGUACCAAUUUCGGCUUCAGCAAUGGGCUAAAUUUAGCCACCCACUGGUUCGACAGCAAGGUGGAUGUCCAGCCACAGUUACGCCUUUUUUGUUUUUUCUAGCUAGGUGCUCCACCACAACUAUUCUGCUCGGACGAUGCUGAAGAGUGGAGUCCCUCUUGAUUUCAAGGGGAAACCAAGGGGAUCACAAGCCAUCUCACUCAAGCAGGGAGAGAGAGAAAAGAUUGGCGCUAAGACAAGUUACCAGCUACGAUUACAAUGGCCCAAUUGCUGAAGACGGCUCACACGGCAUUGGGUCCGAUGGACGCGAUAAGUUUGCGGACAUCAAAGCUGAGAUAGAGUCCAGAUCUUCAGAAGAUCACUCUGCUUCUACGAUUGGAGCUGUGGACAAGAAUAGUGUCAUCGCUUCGAGCACCCCUGGAGGAGGAUACACAUCGAAGACAAAAACAGCGGUCUAUCCCGACAUCGUCUUGAAGCGACAGCACUGCAACUCAGGCGCCGUGGAGAGCAUGUCUGCUGUAAGGCAAAAGGAAUAUUGGUUCGAGCUGUACUAAGAGUGACCAUUCAUCUAGUUUUUGCUUUCAACUCGUCAAGAUUGGGAUUUUGCCAUUGGCUUUGGCACUCACUUCUAAUCUUCUCAACAUCACCGGCUCCGUUGUUGCUCUCCGCCGCCGCAGACGGCCAAUCGAAAGCUACUUGCCGUGACCUCGAUGUAGAUCCUACUUCUGAGGGCUUCUAUGCGGACAAAUACGAUGUUUACGACCAUGUACAUCUCUAUCGAUUCGUUCCGAAUGAUAAAGGGAACGAGCCGUGUAAACCGCGAUCCUUUGAGAUAUCAGCUGUUAAUGACCGAGUUUACGUCUACGUGGGCUUCAAAUUGGAGAAAAUACUGGAUCGGAAUGAUGUGUACCACAGCUUUAUACCAACAUGACCUUCUUCGUCGAUGAUAUACUUACAUCGAUCAUGUUCUUCUCCAUGAUUAGAUUUGCCUAGAGAUGCACAAAGUGAGUACGAAGCGAGACGCACAAAGUGAGUACUUCUUAUUAAUAUAUAUAUUAUAAGUAGAUAUAUUAGUGGGAAGCAUCCAUCGUGCUUACACAAAUACUAGUACACCGCCUGCAUGUGUAAACUUGUUCUUCAACACCAUGUCCAUGCAACACACACCGCAGCCCCACGACGAUAUCCUUGCUCACACGUUGUGACCAAGAGAUCGACUUUUUGGUGGAGAAUUUUGGUCGCCAAAAUUUCUCCCCGCAAAUGGGCAAAGACCGUAAAGGCUUUGACGUGUCUGGAGCCGUCAAUUUUGAUGCCAAGAGUGGCCGUUUUGUGCUCUGUGGCGCGCUUUUCGAUGGCAUAGUGGAGGAGCAGGAGAUAGCAAUCUCGAAGAACGAAGACGAGACAGUGUUAAGGCUAUACCGCUGACGCAUCCUCAGCGCCAUCCUUCUUGGCUUCUGUUUAAAGGGGGAAAAGGGCUCAGGGAUGGGCUCAAGGAUGCGACGUGGUAGCUCUAACCGUAGCAGCAGGAGAAAGCGCGGGGGAUAAAAACAAUUCGCAUCUAGCAGCAUGGUCAGCAUUCAAUUCGACGAGGGACCAGAUGCAUUAUAUUUGGCCAUUGAUGGACAAUAUGGCAGAGUCAGAAAUUGAAGUAUUUGAAAACUCAAAAUCAGCGAGUUACUGACUGAAAUAAGGGAGGCAGCUUACCAUCAAGGCUACCCUUCCUUCUCAUCAGUAUCUCGGUUAUUCUGAUCAGUUACUUGCUUAUUUCAGUUUUUCGAAUGGACGUACAUCUUUUGUCCAAUACAUAGAGCAGCUGUAGCUCAACGUAUUCAUACUUUUUUCUCACAGAAUAUCAUAUAUUAACUCUAAAACCCAGCAAUUGGCGAAAGACGUCUUCCCGAAAACACAUCCAGCCAUUGUAUCGCGCGACAAGGAGAAGAUAGUAGUCGAAGAGGCAUCAACUCUCGUUGUUGAUGGCGAUGUGGAUCGAGGACAAGUGAACGAAAAUAUAUCCAAAGUCUUUGGUUCGUCACGACCUGCGUUAUCAAGUAGACGAGCGGAAGCACAAGCAAUUAUAUUGGCAGAAGCUUCUACGUCAUUAACACCAACACCUCGUCAACCACUGACCACCUCCUGCUCAUGUAGCGAUGAUACAACGCCAGCUAUGUUUUCAGCGACAUUUGAGAUCUCAGACUCAUUCCUGGACAACGAAACGGGUUGGUAUGCCGAUACUUUCUUGGAUAUGAGGCAGACGAUCGUGCCGAAAUCCGACAUCGAGACGUCUGGAAAGCGUGAAGAUGAUGGUCCUAUCGGAAAGGGUGUGGCGUUUGUAAAUGUUAAAGCAAGAGUCCUUUGCUCCUAUACAUACUUUGUCGAGAAGUUUACUCAGAGAAAAACCCCUAUUGUUCUUCAUUUUCUAGCUUGCUAGCUCCCCAUCCCCAAAGAAGUGCCUUAAGUCAAGCCAAAUGCCUUAAGUUACACUUUUUCUAAUCCCCGCAUGAACCUCGGACGCUAUUGGAACUCAGCCGGUCCAAGCUAUAGUCUCUACGUCCCAGGCGUGAUGCUGAAGCCUGGCAAAAACGCUAUCACCAUAGUGGAACUCGAGUCGCCAGCUAAGCUCGGAGCCGAAAUCACUUUGAAAACAAGUGACAAGAUAGUGUAUAAAUGAGAAGAACAAGAACCAGUUUUUGCUACUGUAGUGACCACUCAGAUUGGUCAUGCUGGUGAUUAAAGGUCGUUGAACAAUUACGCAUUAAGUACCCUCUGUUUUUGGUUUUCAUUCAUGAAAAAUACUAAUAUAUAAAUACUUUCCAUUUUCCAUUAUGGAUUUCACAAGCAGGAGGUGAGCACCUCCUACCUAUCAUCUCGUGGUCUCUGGCAGAGUGUAACGAAACAUACUUCUGCCAUCUGCAACUGGGAGCCAGAGGACCUCCGACACGGAGAUGCAUCAUACAUCAUCAUUUUGCGCAUUUUUGUAUUCGGGUAACAAAUGAUUUUGAUGUAUCUGAUACUAUCAAGUUGUCGUGCAACAAAAGAAAGGCAGUCGCAAUGACGCAAGGAGAAGAUUAAACUAAAACGUCACGAUUUUGGUGGUGUGUAAAAAAGAAAGAGAAACAUGAUUCAACAAGCAUCUUGAAUAUCGCGGACCGAAACAUGAAACAUCCCCCUUGUAGUCGUUUCCAAGGCAGGAUGCUAAGUAGCUGAAC